AUGCCCCUUUCCCCUCCCCCCUCCACGAUCCUCAUAACCGGGAGCGGCGUCUUCGGGCUCUCGACCGCGCUGGCCCUGACCCAGAACCCGACUUACGCGCGCACCCGCAUCCUGCUUCUCGACCGGUCCCCCUUCCCCGCCCCAGACGGCGCCAGCAUCGACUCCUCACGGAUCAUCCGCGCCGACUACUCCGACCGGGCGUACGCAGCGCUCGCAUCUGCCGCGCAGCGCGCCUGGCGCGAGACCGCGCUCGGUGCCGAUGGCCGGUAUGCGGAGAGCGGACUCGUGCUGGUAGCGAAGCGUGGGGAGCUGGGCGAGGCGUACGUGCGGGGCAGUUUGGAGAACGUGCGCGCGCUCGAUGCUGAUCAUGGUGCAGAAGAAGAGGUGCAGGAGCUAAGUGAUAGGGAGAGCAUUGAGAAGGUGGUGGGGACGGGCGGCGGGAGUGGUGAUUGGGGAUAUGUGAAUCGAGGGAGUGGAUGGGCGGAUGCGGAGGCGGGGAUGCGGUAUUUGUGGCAGCGCGUACAGGACACGGGGAGGGUGGAAUUCAUACACGCGGAGGUGACACAGCUGGUUCGGGAGGGGAAGAAGAAGGUCAUCGGUGUACGAGUCAAAGAUGGGAGCGUACUGAAAGCGGAUCUGGUCGUAUUAGCAGCGGGUGCUUGGACGGGCGGACUCGUCGAUCUACGAGGGCGCGCCACGGCCACAGGGCAGGUGCUCACAUACGUGGACCUCACAGCGGCGGAGCAAGAGCGGCUCAGCCGCAUGCCAGUACUGCUCAACAUGACGACUGGGCUCUUCAUAAUCCCUCCCAAGAACCGCGUAUUGAAGGUCGCGCGCCACGCCUACGGCUACCUGAACCCGACGCGCAUCCGCGACCCCGACGAUAGGAGGAGGAGGAGCGACGGAUCCCUGAUCUCCGUGAGCCUACCGCGCACCGCGGUCGACGAUCCCAAACUCUGGGUGCCGCGCGAGGGCGAGGACGCGUGCCGCGCCGCGCUGCGCGAGAUGAUCCCAUGGCUGGCCGACCGCCCGUUUGCGAGAUCGAGACUCUGCUGGUAUAGCGAUACGCCGCGCGGCGAUUUCCUCAUCACGUACCAUCCGGAGUUUGAGAAUCUGUUUAUCGCGACGGGCGGUAGUGGACAUGGAUAUAAGUUCUUGCCGGUGAUUGGGGAAUGCAUCGUUAAGUGUAUUAGUGGAGAGUGUCCUGAGGAGUUCAAGGAUAAGUGGGCGUGGCCGAAAGAUCCCGUGGAGGAUGUAGUCACGCAGGAUGGGAGUCGAGGAGGGAGGCCAGGCUUGAUCUUGGAACAGGAGCUGCGGAAGGGAAGCAGGUUAUAA